AUGUCAGUCGGUUCUCUGUGCGGAGUCAUGGAACGUCGACCAACUUUUUUUAGGAUACCUAAUGAUAAACAUCCAUCCGAAUGUAUUCACGGUAUGACCAUAUCGCAACUUUUGUCAUGGUUCGUUGAUAAAGUUGUAGCAAAGCUGGCCAACUCACUCAGGUGCUGCUCCCAGGUGGAAGUCCUUCGAUAA